GACCUUAAGCUUCAAAGCACAUCCCCCCAAUUUCACUUUCCCCAAUUCUCCCAAUUGGAUCAUGUCUAGAGAUCUACAAUCCCGGCGACCUCUUUCUGAAAUCCAGUUACCCAGUAUCAUCUCACAAAAUGAAAAUAUCUCUAAAGAUCAUGAUCUAGAAAGAUGUAUUUCUACUACUAAUAAGGAACAAGCUGUAGAAAUCCGAACCCCUGGAUCUCCUCAGAAUUUGAUCCCCAAAAUUCUCAGCUGUCCACCGGCACCUAAGAAACCUAAAAGGGGAAUCUCGUGUAAGAGGAAAUUACUAAGUGAUUUGGAGUUUUACGAUGUGGCGGCAAGAGAGGAAGUAGAUUCCUUCUUCAGUUCUGUUGAUGAGAAUUCUAAAUCGUGUGGUGGUAACAGGAAGAGAAGGUGUAUUCUGUAAAUUCAAUAUGAAUUAAUGCUUCACUGAGUUCCUGAUCUGCCGGCCAACAUAAUAAAACAAGUUAUAAUAUUCCCCGAUCGAUCGAUCGAGCAAAACGCAACUCGUGAGUCGACCUGAAUCCUGAUGUAUGUAUCUAUUUUACACAUAUAUUCUUUUCCUUCAAUAUUAUGUGAAUUAAUUACUCCAUAUUAUUAUUCGAUCUGAAUUUUGAA